AUGGAGAUGUUUGGUGGGGGAGCUGACCUGAUCGCCGCGGACAACUGGAGGAGGAAGUUGGAAAAGAACUUUCUCUCAGCCCGGUGCCCACCGGAGUACCGUAGAGACUUGGCCGCCCACCAUUUGAAAGAAGACGCCUUGGUCUGGUGGGAUUGUGUAGUGGAAGGUGCAAGGGAUCAACCCGAACUGACUUGGGAGGACUUCCUAGAGGAAUUCAAUAACAAGUACUUUCCCCGGGAAGCAAUGGAUAAGAUGGAGGGUAGGUUUCAGGAUAUCAACCAGGGGUCUCGGGAUGUGCGUAAGUACGGUGAGGAAUUCAACCGACUCCGAAGGUUCGCAGGACGCCACAUGACAGAAAAGGAACUGAUUCGCCGCUUCAUGAAAGGGUUGAGAAUCGAGACCAAGAACAGCUGCAAUGUUCGGGAGUUCCGCACCCUGAAUGAACUGGUGGAAAAGGCAGCUGAACAAGAGGCGGGAAUAGAGGAGCAACGCAAGCAGAAUCAGGCAACUAGAGCCCCAAAGCGACCGCGUGAGACUUCAACCCCCUCGGACAGCGGGACUGGCCGCACCCCUUGCGCCGAGUGCGGGAAGAUGCACUACGGUGAGUGCAAAGGACCAGGAUGUUUCAAAUGCGGGCAACUGGGGCAUAUCAAACGGAAUUGCCCGCAGCUCAAUGACGGGACAGUCACCAAGACACCCAACACAACGUGCCAACAAUGUGGUCGUUACGGGCAUGCGGCCCGGGAGUGCCGUGACCGGACCGAAGCAGGGACAGGGGCUGCACUGCCGGCACCGCCACCAAAGAAGCCAGCAACCCUACCAAGAGUGUUCGUAGCAGGGAACAACCAGGGAACGGAGACCAUAGCAGGGAUGGUGAAGGUCGGAGGAGUUGUAGCAUAUACACUCUUCGACACGGGGGCCACUCACAGUUUUGUGAGCCAGGACCUAACCAGGAGAUGGAGUUUCCAGGGAAAUUACGAGGGCCGAACCACACGGGUAGAGACAGCCGGACCAGACGAGAUAUCCGCCAUGGGAGUAUUCGUGGGAGUGGCCGUGGAACUCGCCGAAGUGGUCAUGCCAGUUGACUUGCUUAAACUGGAGAUGGGACGUUACGAGGUGAUCCUCGGAAUGGACUGGUUAUCACAAUACGGGGCAGUUAUUGACUGUAACGGAGCAAACAUACGGAUCCCCAGGGAGGGAGGACGAGUGGUGUUUGAAGGACCAAAAACCAAGACCGGGGUCACGAUCAUAUCGAUGGCACAAGCCGGAGAACUAAUUAAAAGGGGGCACGACGCGUACCUGGCCACUAUAGAAAUGUUGGAGGCACCCAAGGAACCAAGGUUAGAGGAUGUGGCUGCGGCGAGAGAAUUCGCGGACAUGUUCGAACCCCUGCAGGGACCACCGCCGAAUAAAGACAGUGCAUUCAUGAUCGAGUUGGAACCAGGAACUGCACCUGUCUCCAAGGCCCCCUAUCGUCUGGCGCCGGCAGAAAUGGCCGAGUUGCGGGAACAGUUGGAAGACUUGAUAGGUAAGGGAUUCAUACGGCCAAGCAGCUCGCCAUGGGGAGCUCCGGUACUCUUUGUAAGGAAGAAGGAUGGAAGCUUGAGACUCUGCAUUGAUUAUAGAGGACUGAAUAAGGUGACCAUCAAGAACAAGUACCCACUACCCAGGAUCGACGAACUGUUGGACCAGUUGGUAGGAGCGACCUGGUUCUCCAAGAUAGACCUUGCAUCGGGAUACCACCAAAUUCCUAUAGCCGAGAAGGAUGUACAGAAGACGGCGUUCCGCACACGUUAUGGACAUUUUGAAUUCGUCGUAAUGCCGUUUGGGCUAACCAACGCACCAGCAGCCUUCAUGGGUAUGAUGAAUAAUGUCUUCCGAGAAUACUUGGACCGCUGCGUGAUAGUUUUUAUCGACGAUAUACUCAUCUACUCCCGGAGCAAGGAAGAACACGACUGGCACCUUAGGAUAGUGUUGGAAAAACUGUGUGAACAUAAGUUGUACGCAAAAUUAAGCAAGUGUAGUUUCUGGCAGAGGAAGAUAGGAUUCCUCGGACACGUUAUCACAGAGGCUGGAGUAGCGGUAGACCAAGAAAAGAUCAAAGCCAUAAUCCAAUGGCCUAUCCCAAAGAAUGCCACGGAAGUAAGGAGCUUUUUGGGUUUGGCAGGGUACUACCGGAAGUUUGUACGAGAUUUCGCCACCACCGCAAAACCCCACACCAGGUUAACCGGAAAGGACACCAAGUUUGAUUGGUCAGAAUCGUGCACCAAAGGGUUCGAACAACUGAAACAUCAGCUGACUCAGACACCUGUACUGGUCCUGCCACGAACCGGCAUACCGUUUGUGGUAUACACGGAUGCCUCUAGGGUGGGAGUAGGGUGUGUACUCAUGCAAGAGAAACGAGUAAUUGCUUACGCGUCACGACAACUAAAGAAGCACGAAGCCAACUAUCCCACUCACGAUCUGGAACUCGCGGCUGUUGUCUUCGCCCUAAAGAUCUGGCGGGCUUAUUUGUACGGAGAGAAAGUUCAAGUUUUUACUGACCACAAGAGCUUGAAGUAUGUCUUCACGCAGGCUGACCUGAACCUUAGGCAAAGAAGGUGGAUGGAAAUGCUAGCCGAUUUCGACUUAUGA